UUAAUGGAUUUCGUCAUGGAUUUGGUACAUAAAAAUUAACCAUCAUGGACUUUACACACAAUCCAUCGUUUUUGCUUGAUAGAUUUAGCAGGGACAAAUCCAUGGGGCCAAUAGUGUUUUAGAGUCCAAAUCUGUGGACCCAACGGACUUGUGAAUUCCACACCAAGAGGUGGAAUUUGUGUUGGGGUACAAAGUCCAUGAUUACUUUUUUACAAUUUUAACCCUACUUAUUUCACUAAUCACCAACUUAUUAUCUUUCAUUUACUAACUUGUAGUGCAUAUUAAUUUUGCAUUCAAUAUUUAUUAUUAUUCAUUGCACACAAGCACUACAUGAUUAAUUUCAAAGCAUACUUUGCAACAUUGAAAACCUUAAGAAAUUGUCUAAUUGUGUGUAAAAUAUAGAGUUGUUAUUGAUUGAUUGAUGAUGUUCAUUAAUUUCAAAAUGGCAGCUCUCGAACUAUUUACCAGUAUUGAAAAGAAAACAAAGCAAAGAUGACGAUGAUGUGUGAUUCCCUUUCUUUCCUCACCUUCUCCAUAAGUCCCAGAGAAUAUAGCAGACUGAUCAAUUUGGAAGAUCACAACAAUGUCCCAACCUUCCCUUAAUUCAAAACCCCCCCUUAACUCCCACUCUCUACUCUACUGUCAUUCUUCCAGAGAUUAACUGAAAAAAACAGAGCACAAUUACUCUGUUUUCUCCCUCUCUCUGUAGUCUGUACUGACCACUACAGCAAACAAAAAAGAAAAAGUGUAUUCAGAAAGUGAGCCUCUGCCCAUCUGGGUCCUAUUUUAAUAUGCUCCUCUCCUCUCCUAUUAAUGCUCCCCCAUCUCCCCCAACCUUUUUCUUUUGUGCAUUUGUGUGUGUGCUCUCUCUGUCAGAUUUCAAUACCAAGAGAGAGACCACCAGAAUCUCUGUUACACAUAACCCCAGACUAUUCUACAAGAAACAGAGGAGAGAGAGAGAGCUGUUUUGAGGAGAACGCCCAACUACUGAACAAAUUAAAAAAAAAAAAAAAAAGAAGAGCUGGUUGGGUUGGUUGUUUCUAUAGUUUCUUAUUCGAGGGGGGUUAUUGAGUCUUGAACUUGUAGAUUGAGUUUUGUCUUUCCUCGAAUGGCAAUGAGAGCGUGCUCCAAUUUUGGAUCGACAUGAACAAGAAGAGAGAUGAAGAAGCUGGCUGAAGCAGAAGAUGGCUCAAUAUUUCCAUGGAGAAGAAGACAACAAAAAACCCACCUUCUCCUUCGUCUUCCUUCGCAACAGGAACCUACCACCACAUUAGCCCCAGCGAUACAAACAACACACAAGCAACUACAUUAUUAUUAUUAUUCUUCAAAAAUGGCUGCUUCUUCUUCUUCUUCUGCUACUACCCUGACUCUUUCUCUAUCUCUAUCCCACAUUUUUGUUGCUUUCCUGCUUGUCUCCCUCUGUUACUCCGCAUCCCCUGUCUCGUCGGAUUCCUCAGCCAACAGCACCCAGACUUUCCUGCCAAGGAAAGAACUGCUCAAGCUUAAGAGAGUCAAUGCUUAUCUCAAGAAGAUCAACAAGCCUGCUGUCAAGACAAUUCAGAGCCCUGACGGUGAUGUGUUUGACUGUGUAUUGUCCCAUCUUCAACCAGCAUUUGAUCAUCCCCUUCUCAAAGGACACAAACCCUUGGAUCCACCAGAGCGGCCGAAGAGCAAUGAGACAUCAGAAACAGAGGAAAUAAUAGCAGAGAGCUUCCAGCAAUGGCACGAUUCAGGGGAAUCCUGCCCUGAAGGAACCGUUCCAAUCCGAAGAACCACGGAGAAAGACGUUCUCAGAGCAAAUAAGCUCAGGCGAUUCGGAAAGAAGCCCAUCAGCCCCGAAGACGCCGCCGGCCUGCAAUCCCGAUUCUCGAUCAGCGACCAUCGGCCCCGACGCUGGCAGCUUCUCCUUUUCCCCACCAUCGGACCCCGAGGCUGUGGAAGAAACCCACCUCUCGCUCUUCUCGUGCUGGUCUCGAUCUCCAAUCGGUUGACGGCGGGGUUGAGUCUGCAAUUGAAUCUGGGUCGGCGACGGCGAGAGGAAGCUUCGCGGCACAAUCUGGGUCGGUGUCGGCAAUUGAAUCUGGGCAAAUUAUCAGCCUGCUCGAAUGCUAUUGACAAGUUGAGCCUAUAACUCAAUGAUCUGUUUCUGAAAUUGUCAUCCACUAUGGGUUCGAUUAGUGGGAGUGAGCUAGAUAGUUAGGUGUCUUCUUGUUGUUCGGUAAUUAGUUUCCUUGAGCCUGUUAUGUGCAUGUAUGCUUCAUUGGAUAUGACUUUACGAUCAUGAUCUCACUCAUAUUGAUUUGAUUGUAGUUCUUCUUCGGAAGACGAGGACGUCUAGGCCUUGCUGAUAUAGCUUUAGAAUACUACAACAAGACGGAAGUAUGUUGUUUUGCUUUUUGUGUUUCUCAAUUAUCACUUGGCUAGCAGAGCUUGUUCAAUUCCCUGUUUCCCAGUCUAUGGAUCGAAUUGCUUACUUAUAUCUAUUAUUGUUUGAUGAUGAACAGUGCGUGAGUUAUGUGUUUGACAAGCCCUUUCUUUGCCGUUGCAUUCUCUUUGAUCGUGUGAUGGUUUUCCAUUUCAACUUCACCGCCAAGGAGCCCAAGGAAGGGAACAACCCUUCCAGUCCGUUGUUUUUUGCUGAGGCCAUCAGAUACUACGGGGGAGAUUUCAACAUUCUCAAAUGUGUCAAGUUGGAUACUUCUGGAGACAGUAAGUAGUGUAGUUAUUUGUGUAUUGUUGAUUCAAUCAAGUGUUAUCAAAUUGCUUAUAGAUGGAUGGUUAGAUAUCUCAAGUUCUUAAUGAUGAUGCUGCUUUAUGCAGAUGGCUAGAGACGGAAUCUCGAUGAAGAUGGCCAUGAAUUGUUGUGGUUUGCAGGACGCUUUGUAUUUAACAAUUAGCUAUAAUCGAAAGAAAAUUAUACAGAUUUG